AUGACACACAGAUUCAAUGCAUUCAAUGAUACCCCUCGAGGUAAUCAUUGGAUGGGAGCAUCUCCCUCCCGUCAUAAUAUUAAUACAUCUUCAUUUGACAGAGAUAAUAUAUUAACCAAUGACCAAACGCGACAGUCACACAGAGAAGAGAGAAAUCCUCCUUCUAAAAGUACUAAAAACAAGGAAAAUAUUAGUGGUAGUAAUACCAAUCCUCUGAAUGAUAAAAAAUUUAACUUCAGUGACCCAAAUGUGAAAAUAUACGCUGAAACAUUGCCUUUGUUAUCUACAGAGAUUCUGGAUGUUUCAAAACAAAGGAGUUUAGCGUUGGUAACCUUUUUAAUAAUACAAAUAUACAAGAUAUAUGAUCUCAUAUUGUUGAAGACAGGAUUGACUGUCUCUGGGUUAACAUCACAUAAUUCCUAUUUCAAUUUCUUAUCGAAAUAUUUCAUUAUAGACUCCUUGUUUUUAUAUUUCUUACCAUACUUUAAGAUACCAAGGUUGACUUUCAAAAAAUAUAUGACAUAUCUACAAAUAUUUAUAAUGGCCUUAUUGACUAUUUUCCUCACAAGAGAACAAGAUUUUUUCAUUAUUGUCAUGGUAUUAUCGAGAUGGAGGAAAUUGUAUUUUCAAAAGGAUUUAACUGUAACAGGUGCUUCCAUCAAUAGACAUCAAAAAUUGAUUGAUUACUCGUCACAUUUUAAAGGUGCUUUAACCAUUAAAAUAUUACCUGAAAAUACAGCAAUGUUGAAUCCAUUACAUGAAUCAUAUUGUUUACCAUUAGAUUCCUCGUUUACCUCAUUACUUGAUAGCGAAAAUAGAGGUACACAAAUUAAUAUCCCUGUUAGAAUCAAUUCUACCGAAGAGAUUAAAUUGAUUGAAUUAGAAUUUAGAGACCUAUAUACAAAUGAAAUUGAAUCUAGGAAUUUAACCACAAGAGAUUUUCAAAAAAUUUUAAACCCUUCUUCUCUUUUAUCUAAGGAUAAGAGUCUCUAUGAAAGCGAUAUUGUAAAUGAUAGGGAUUCAACGGUUACUUCGGGUGAUAAAAAAUCAACAAUGCGCUAUAUUAACAUUCCACUUCAACAGAUUGGGUUUUACCAGAUUAAGAAAAUAAUUGAUACCAAGAAUUUGAACUUGAAAAUAUAUCAAUCCCAUGUAAUUGUUCCACAUUGUCCAACGGCUUCAAUGAUUGCCUCAGGAAACGAAAAUAGAUGUCUAGGUGAUAAAGAUGAGAUUAGUAUUGAAUUACAUGGUGUUCCACCUCUAAAAUUAAGUUACUCUAAGGUAAUUGAUGAUAAAGUUUAUUCAUUCGUGGAUACAAAUUUAGAACCAGAAUUCUUUAAAUCCCCAUUAAAACAAUCAAAUAUCCUUAACUCUAAGAAAACUUUUUCCACUACAGAUUUGGAAGAUUUAACUUGGGCUCGUAACCAUAAAGUUAUGAUUUCAUUAAACUCCACUACAGUUGCUGAUGGCCAUUAUACAUACAAGAUUGAUAAACUAACUGAUAGGCUAGGCAACGUUAUGGAUUUCACUAUAUUAUCUGAUCAAUUAAACAAGAAAUAUGAUCUAAUGAAUGAAUUCGAUGUAUAUAAUGCACCAAGAGCAUCUAUGGAUGAAUCUUUCAACUCAGACUCUCCAACCAAGAGAGAUAUUACUAUUAACUUUGAACGUCUUAAAAAUUGGGAUAAAGACCUACCCCUUUCUGCAAAGGUGUCUUAUAUUGGAUCUAAUACUGGAGAAGGUAUUAAUGGUGAUGUCGAAACAUUUGAUGUCGAGUUAAACCAAUUGUCGAAGUCAUUCCAUGCCGAAAAACCUGGUAGAUAUAUUUUGCAAUCCAUUAGUUCGAGAUAUUGUUCUGGUAUUAUUAUUGGAAAGUCUAGUGUCACAAUUUCUAAGCCAAUCCCUCCUCAUUUGAAUGUAUCAUCUACCCCAAUCAUUGAUCAAUGUAUUGGACAAGUAGGUCUGAAUUUUGAUUUGGCCUUCACCGGUAUUCCGCCAUUCCAUUAUGGUAUGAAGAUUUUCAAAAUAGAAGGAGAAAGAAGAAAACUCUUUGAAACUAAAAGAUUAAUAUCAAAGGGUUCAAGAAAUCAAUUCACUUACAACCCAUCGAUGGAAGGUCAGUAUGAGAUCACAUUUGACCAGAUUUCGAAUGACUUAUAUAGAGAUCCAAUCAUUUUAACUCCAUCUGAACUCUAUACAUUUGAGACGUCCAUGAGAGUUAAACCAUCUGCUAGCAUAUCGCUCAGGAACUAUAAGGAUUCAUUAAAAUUGUGUUUAAAUCAAGCGGCAAAGAUUCCAAUUGCGCUUCGUGGUGAACCUCCUUUCUCUUUCAAAUACGAUAUUCUCGAAACUACUACAAACAAUAGAAUGUCAUAUUCAAUUGAAGAUGUUAAUUCCAACGGUUACGAAUUUAAUACACCUGAAUUUAAUCUAGGUGGUGAUUACAUUGUUACUUUAGUAUCGGUGAAGGAUAAUACAGGUUGUGCAGUAUCCCUAAGUGAACCUGACGUUAGAAUUAAGGUAAGAGGAGAUAUUCCUUCAGCUUCCUUUAAUCGAUUAAAUAGAGAUGGCUCUGAUAAUCACAUUAGUAUCAAGCAAAAUACGGUAGUAGAAAUUCCAUUAAAAUUAUCAGGUGAAGGUCCCUUUAAGGUUAAGUAUCAACAUAUGGGAUCGGAUGGACACGUUCUUGGUUCAUUUGAGAAUAGAUUUGAGACAAGUUACAAGGCCAGUCUAAAGGUCAGUAAAGAAGGUCUGUACAAAUUGUUAGACGUACGAGACUCCAGCUGCCGUGGGGAGAUUAUUCAAGGAGAAGAAUUGUUUAAAGUCUCAUAUUUAAAGAAACCUACAUUUACAAUUCAAGACAAAUUUUCUAAACUUAAGAAAAUCACUGAUUCUGUAUUUACUAAUCCGCCUGUUUGUCAAGAUACUGGUGAAACGAUCGAUCUUCUAUUGACUGGUUCUCCGCCAUUUAUUCUAAAUUACGACCUAAUUACACCAAACGGUAAUGUAAUGAGCGAAAAGAUACAGGUUGCUACAAAGUAUACAUCACUUAAGAUACCAAAUAAUGAAGCUGGUGAGUAUGUGGUUACUAUAAAAAGUAUCUACGACUCUAACUAUGAAGAGCUAGAAUCAAAAUCUGGUGCUACUAUUAAUAAUGACCCCGAUGAAAAGAUUAUCAAGCAAGUUGUAAAUCCACUGCCAUAUAUAGAAUUUGCCAGUCAAGAAAAAACAUUCAGGACUUGUUCAGCAAAUAUUGAUCAAGAGGCAUUAUUAGACCCAAUCAAGAUUAAGCAGUAUUCUGGUAGAGGGCCAUUUACCGUUGCGUUUAAUGUUUACCACGAAAGUACUAGUAGAACAGAAGAACUAACGCUUGAAAAUGUAUCACCUGACCGCUUCCCAUUCCAGAAGUUGUAUGAUGGCCUGAAAUUAGGGAACCAUGUCAUAUCUAUUGUAAAAAUAACAGAUGCAAAUGGUUGUACUAAUGAUUUGAGAAAUGUCAAAAAUACUCAAUUGAAGCGCUAUGUACGUGACGGCAUUGAGAACUUUAUUAGUGAAGAAGAGAGUGCCAUUAGUAGGAACCACAUCUCCAUUUCUAUCACUGACGUACCCAAAAUUCAUUUGUUGGAUUCCCAAGUUGAAUAUUGUGUUGGAGAUUACGUAACAUACCAACUAAAUGGAAUAGCUCCAUUCACUAUCCAGUAUACAUUUAACGAUGUAUUAUUAAAGACACAAGAACAUUCUUCGCAAUUCGUUAGGUUAGCAUCCGAACCUGGUCUCAUUACAAUUGAUUCGAUUGAGGACUCCACGUCACAAUGUUUAGUCAACUUUACUAAGCCAGGAAUGGAGAAAGAGUUAAAGAGAUUGUCUUUGAAUGUUCACCCAAUUCCAUCUGUGACAGUUUCUCAAGGUAAUUACGUAGUUGAGGAUAUCCACGAAGGUGGGCAGGCUGAAGUGUUGUUUACUUUUGAGGGUACUCCACCAUUCUCAUUGACAUAUGUUAGAACAGAAGAUACAGAAUCUGACACCAACGGCAUUAUGAUGAGAAGACCUCAAGUGGUAGAAACACAUAAAGUAACUGAUAUAUUUACCUAUCAGUAUAGGGUAGUCACAAGCCUACAAGGUACUUAUGAAGCAAUUGAAAUUUCAGAUGCAUUCUGUUUCGCCAAAAAUGAUGCAUUUUUUGAUAAUUAA